AUGGCAAACCCAGCGGAAGAAGAAGAACAUCAACACGUGCCGCUUACAUUUGUUUUCUCGAAUUGUUAAAAAAAAUGGUUAAAACUAAGCGCAAGGCAGCACCUCCGCCGGUGGAACAGGACUCAGACAGCGAUUCCAGCUUUGCCGAGUUGCAGCCCGAGGACGUGGAGUUCCACGACGACGAACCAGACAGUGACAGCAGCGACGAUGCAGGCCAAUCCACCAGUAAAAAACAGCCAAAAGCAGAUCAGAAUGGAGAUGACGAUGAAAAAGAAGGCGAGAAUGAAGACGAUGACGAGAAUGGAGAUGAUGAUGAUGAGGAUGAGGAGGACGACGAUGAAGGGGACGACAAAACGCCCCGCCUGCCAGUCCUUAAUCCUCUCAGCUUGAUGAGAAACAAGGAACAACGAAUGGCGCUCUUCAAAAAGAUGAAGAAGGAAAAGCAUAAGAAGAAAAUGCAGGAGCGCCGCGCCAGACGCAAGGCCGGACUUCCUGCCAAUCCGGGCCACACGAUCGAAAGCCUGCGCGAGAAGGAUCAGACAGAGGUGGCCAAUCUCAAUGACUCGGACAACGAAGAGUUGCAAAAGGAGCUGGAGCUGGACGAUUUUAGUUCCUACUUCGAGCGCUCGUACGAGCCCAAAGUGCUGAUCACCUUCGCCGACAAUCCCGUGACCAAGACGCGCAAGUUCGGCCUGGAACUGUCGCGUAUUUUUCCCAACGCGCUGGUCAAGAUCAGGAACAAGUCUUCGGUAAAGAAGAUCUGCAAAAGCGCUGAGCGCGAGGAGUUCACCGAUGUGGUCAUUGUUAACGAGGAUCGGAGAAAGCCCAAUGGCCUGCUGGUCAUCCACUUGCCCAACGGUCCCACCGCCCACUUCAAGCUGUCCAAUGUGAAGCUGACAUCGGACAUAAAGCGCGACCACAAGGAGAUCACAAAACACCGGCCGGAGGUGAUUCUGACCAAUUUUACGACUCGUUUGGGACUGACAGUGGGCCGCAUGCUGGGUGCCCUCUUCCAUCACGAUCCAGAAUUUCGUGGCCGACGCGCCGUGACGUUCCACAACCAGCGCGAUUACAUUUUCUUCCGCCACCACCGCUACGAGUUCACCAAGGAGGGCAAGCGCGUGAAGCUGCGCGAACUGGGACCUCGAUUCACGCUCAAACUUCGCUCCCUGCAGGAGGGAACUUUCGACAGCAAAACGGGAGACUAUGCCUGGAUCAUCAGCAACAAGCGGCAUGCCAUGGAGUCGCGUAGACGUUUCUUCCUUUAGCUGGAU